UCCUUUGUGUCGCUCUCUAGUGUUCUAGUGUCUGUCCAAGUGUCCAUAUAGAACCUCGCUUGACCCUAUGAUUCUAUGAACAGUUUGCAAUCCAACAAAUUUUCUGAUACACGCCAUGUCCACGGCAACACCGAGGACCCUCCAUUUCCUGGCCUUGCUCGCCACGGCCAUCACAGUCGUGGUCGUGGCGGCCGCGGACGAUGGCAUGACCCACCUCCACCUCUACAUCCACGAGACCGUCGCGGGCUCCCCGCCGCUCGUGGGCAGCAACUCCUCCUCGUUCGGCAGCAUCGGCGCGAUCGACGACGAGCUCCGCGAGGGGCCGGAGCCGGCGUCGCAGUACCUCGGCCGCGCGCAGGGGUUCCUCGUGCAGGCCGACCUGGGAAACCCCGCGGCGUCGUGCACCAUCCUGAGCCUCGCGUUCACGGAAGGGGACUACGGCGGCAGCACGCUGGUGGUGGACGGCCGCGUCGACCUCGGUGCCGACGGCAAGGCCGUGGUGGAGCGCGGCGUGGUGGGCGGCACGGGGAGGUUCCGGCGGGCGAGGGGGUACAGCCUCAUGACUAAGUUCGGGAACCCGACGCCCGGCACCGUCGUCUUCGAGAUGGAUCUCUACGUCAAGAUCAGUGGAUGAAUUAGCUCUAGCUAGCUACCUUCAAUGCGUUCCCGACUUGAUAGCAAUGUUUUUUUAAAAAAAAUAUCGGGGAAUGUAGUAUUGUAAAUAACAGUUGAGACUUGAGAGUGUGAAUUGAUUAAUUUCUGA